GUCGCUUCCGUCUCUGCCGAUGAUCUCUUCCUACGACAGCGUCACAGCAGUGACCAGGCCUCCAGGCCUCCAGGCCCUGGAUCCACCUGUUGGGAUUGUGAAAAGCUCCCAAGUCUAGUCCAGCCAUGGGCUGAUUCCAACCACCCUUCCCCCCCCCGCCUCUACGUCUUGAGAGAGGAGUGCCGGUUGGGACAAUGGGAUUGGAUGUCAUCCCUGCCACUGAUCACAUUGCUACUUGUCUCAUUCGUCCGUUGAUCGGGAGUAGGGUUGAUAAGUGCUUUCCGACUGUCCAUCCCGGUUACCUAAGUUGAUCUUCAUGGCCAAAGGGACAACGUUCGUCCCGGCCACCCAUCCGAUCCUCCGGAAAUGCCACUUAUAGGUACGGCGAACCCCACCUGAUCAGAAGAGCGACUAGGAUGCUCUCUGCCCCGCCGCGCACGGUAAAUCAGUUAAAGCUCGUCCAUUCGCUCGCCUUGGAUGCACGCUCUAUGGUUCGUAAAAAGCUAGGACCUUCCCUCCCCCCCACUGCCGUUGUUUUCAUCUGUGGUCCUUUAUUCGGUGUCAGUCAGGAAAAACCCCCAACCUAAACAGAUGAUCGAUCAGCCGUUCAGGUACCCCACGAUGUUCACCAACAGGAGGAAUGCCAAAAAGCCGGAUGGCAAGCUCAUUGAGAACUUUCAGACCAAGUUCUCGGACCUUGUGCGUCCGACGCCAAACCACCUUCUACCCGCUAGAUUCUAUAUGAUCGGUGGAGGAAUUGGACCUACACCGAACAUUUGCGUCACGCCCAUCCAAGAUGACACCUCACUGCCCGCUGCAAAAUUGAGAAAGCGGAAUAGCUAUGAUCGCACCCUGAACAGACGGAGCAUCGUGUCGAAUAGCCCGGCUGGAGACUUGCUCACUCCGUCGGGGAGAACAGAUACGCUCCUGGAUCAGGCUUUGUUUGACCAGUUCACUAACAAUACCCCGCGUGCCCAGCCCGACAAUACGGGCCUUGACCAAUUCGGCGUGUCCAGUUCGAUGCUGCAGCCUCAAUAUGUGGUCCCGAGCUCUCUGGAUGGAUCACAUUCGCUCCAAGAUUCCACAAUGCCCUUUCCCGUUGACACCGACCCUAAUGGAAGUGUUGACGGGAUUGCCCCGGGAGAUAACACUAAACAUAGCUAUCCAAGCUCCCACAUGGUCGAUGGGAUGCUGGACUCCGCCAAACUUCCAGGCAUGAAAAGUGAAAAGUUGCGGUAUCGCAUGAAGAUGCACACGCCGACAGCCAUGAUCAGAGAUCGGAGGGAGGCCCCUGUAACGUAUCUCAACAAGGGCCAAACUUACUGGCUGUCGGUUGUGGAUUCAAUGCCACCACCGCUGGGCAUGCCGCCCACAAGGUACCGCACGUCAGUACGCAUCACUUUUGACGAAGAAGCGCAGGUGAGCGACCCCGUGGGUUGCUGGCAACUCUGGAAGGAGGUCCGUGGGCAGAGGGAAGCAAGUCAACAAGGUCGCGGGCUGCAGGCAGUGGAAUUCCUCUCUCCGGAAGAGGGAACACACAGCCAGCGACAGGAUCAAGUCCGGCUUGAAAACGUAUCUCUCGAUGGAUUCUGUGUCUCAUGGACGGCAAGCCCAGGAGCGACCAUCCCGCAAUGCAAGUUAGGUGUUCGGUUCAACUUCCUCUCGACAGACUUCACCCACUCCAAAGGCGUCAAGGGCUCCUCGGUCAGGCUGUGUGCCAAGACCGAGACGGUCCCCGCAGUAGAUCCGUACCCGGAGAUGUCAUACUGCAAGGUAAAACUAUUCCGCGACCAUGGCGCGGAGCGGAAGAUCUCUAGCGAUGUCUGUCAAAUGAAGAAGGCCAUCGACAAGUUGAAAAACGAGAUGGCGUUAUCCGGAGCGGGCGCGGACCACCUCGGGAAGCGGAAACGGGACAGCUCGAGUGCCUCAAAGAGCGCAAGCGAUGCUAAGAGAAAUGAGCGGCAGCUUGCAUCAAUGGAGAGCUCACUCUCUUCGACUCUGCCCGUGACCACGUUUAACCUGCUAGCAGAUCAAAGGGAUGACCCGGAUUGGUACCCAAUCCUUCUACCAGAACUCGAGCGCAAGACUUCCCCAUCAGACCUUCGUCGCCACAGCGUCGAGAGCCUUCAGCAUCUUUCCAAAGCCGGUUCGCUAGACCCGAGCUCGCCGUCAUCCCUGACCACUCCUCCAUCUCUAUCACCUACCGGCAUUACUACGGAGCAAUUUCUUCCAAGAGACCUGACAAAAUCCGGCAAUCUUCCCUCCAAACCCUCAGAACCAGCAGCCUGCUUCUACAUCCGCUUCUACGACGAAUGGAAAGUCCCCGAAAGCUACCACCGGGCACUCUACCUCACCGAGCGAACCGUCCGCAACUUGACCACAAAGAUCUGCCAAACACAAGGCAUGGACCCGGAGUCCGUCGCUCGAGCCCUACACGUCAACCCCAGCGGGUUGCGAAUCAUGAUAGACGAUGACGUAGUGCAGCAGAUCCCGGACGGGCAGCCCAUGAUGGUAGAGAUCAUUUCGCCGUCUCCUACGUUGGAGAUCUCACCGGGAGCAAAAGCGGAGUUUGAGAUUAUACUUAGUUAUUGAUAUUACAUAUUACGUCGUUCAUAUGCAGGUACUAGUGUCUACAAUAAUCUACAUUGCAGAAAA